AUGGAGGACAUAGAUCGCCUCUUCACCUAUCAGGUAUGCCUGUUGAAUGAGUUCGCAGAAGAUGACGUCGCGAGCAAUUUUCCAAAGGUUAAGCAAUCUUAUGAAAGGAUCCUGCUAGGCAUUUUGGAGGAAGUAAAAAGAUACCACACGGACUUAUGCACCAGCAUCAAGGAUGAAAUAGGAACUGUAGGUGUGUCAACAGGGAGACCAGCACAUGACUCCGUUGAGGAAAAUGCUAAUGAGGAAAUUAUCGACUCACCUGAAACACACACAAAAGGGCCAAACAGAGGAGUGCGCAAGAGAAAGCGCAAUGCAGAUGCGGUAGAAGAGGACAAAAAGGAAAUCCCAAGCGGGGAGGAAAAAGAUAAUACAAGUGAAAAAAGAGAUUCUGUCACUAACGAAGGUGAUGGAGAUGUUGUUGAUAACGUCACUACGUGCGAUAUGGAGAAGGGGAAAAAAAGGCCCAAGGACGCCUCCUACCUCCGAAGGGACAGUUCACCACCCCCUGCAGUGACAGGGAAGAUGUCGGAUGUAUACCCAUCAGGAGGAACAGAAAAUGAAUUUAUAAAAGUGGAUGAAGAUUUUAAAUUCCUAACUGCAGAAGAUCUGCAAUUUAAAAUCCCCUUAAAGGAACAGUGCGAUUUGAAAGGGCUAUUCAGCAACCUCGUGGAUGAAAUUAAAAACAAAAAUUACCUGAACGUGUACAGACAAAUGUAUGUAGAAUCGUUUAGGAGAAAUCAGGGGAAAAUACAACAGCACUCAAUGUUGCUUAGCAGUGGGGCGUACCAUGGUGCGUGCGGUGAAGCUCACCAUACAGGAGACCUGACCAAUAAUAGCGUCACACAUCAUACCCCUGUUCCCACUGAACAAGAAGGCAUAGUUCAAGUUGUAAAAUUUUACGUAGAAAGGGUGAAGGCAAACUUGUGCCUGUUCUACUUUGACCUAUUCUUGUGCAUCUUAAAAGGUGCUGUGGCGGUGGACUGCGGAGUCAAAUUUAUUGCCCACGAUUUGGCCAAUGUCCAUCGGGACAGCUUUGAGAAGUUUUUGGAGGUGGUCGCCACGGAAGGAAGUCCAACAGGGGACAACCAAAAUGAAGUGAUUACGAAAUCGGGGAAGACAGAAAUAAAUCAGCUACUUCAACAGAACUUUUCAGGACACGUGAAGGAACUCAUCCUCACCAGCUUACACUACCUGAUUGAACUCCUUGAACAAAUGAAAGAACAAAAAUGCGCCAACUACACCCACUACAAGGAUACCAUCGCCAAAUGUGUCAUAUCGCUAGAGAGAAAAAAUAUUAUAACCUACAAAGAAGCCACCACAUAUAUCGAGUGUAAGAAUUUCGAUAAGCUCACCAUUUUCAAUAAAGAAUUAUACAAACUGGUUACAAAAAUGAGAACAAAAAAUAUGUACAGCAUAUGGGUGUAUAAUUUGUUAAGGGAAAAUGUAAAUGGCUAUUCAAAAAUUAUUUUUUUAUUAGAAAGUUUUUUUUCUACUCAUUGGGGGGAACCUCCCUUGGGGGAUUCUUCUACUCAUAAACAAACAGACAAGGUAGGAAAAAAAAUCAUCGCUUCAGAACUUUUGUUAAAGUAUAAACUGGGUGGCAGGAAAAUGUUUGGUAAAGUGAAAGAGGAGGGAAAAGGAAAAUGUAGCCAGCCGAGUGGUCAAUCGCUCAAGAGGAAGAAUUCACAUUCGUUAGAACACAGUGAGGGACACUCCCCUGAUGAAGUCUCGCGCUCUACUUUGUGCACCCCUGAAGGGGAAGAGCCUGCAACCCACGCCGAAACGGAAGUACAUUAUACACAACUCCCUCAUGGCGAACUGCCCCCCUGUGACGAAAUACACACUUCUUACCCCAUGAAGAAGGAACACACCCCACAGCGGAAACACCCCUUGGGAGAAAAAAUUAAAAAGUCAUGGCAGAGACACUUCAAUUGUUACUACUGCACAGACUUGAUUAAGUUAAAAAAUAAAAUUUUUACCAUCGCCGGGCUUCACAAUUUAUGCCCACGAAGAAUACUCUCCAUUCUCCUGUUCUUUUAUGAACAGAAUGUGGAUAACCCUAAGCAGCUCCUCCCUCUGUUCUUCCUCUACACAAAGGAAACCAUCACAGACAUCAUCCUCCUUGAAUUAAAAAUAAAAAAUAAUUAUGUCAAAGAGAUGGAACAGAAAGAAAUACAAAAAUUAAAACACCUCCAUCGAAGUGAAGAAGACACGGGAAGAAAUAAUCCUGACUCGAGCAGAUACCUAGAUCAUUUUUUUUUAAGUAAAAAAAAUUUCUUCACCCCAAACUAUUUCAAAAUGUGUUCCAUUCUAAUUCUAAAUGACCUACUCAAUUUUAACACCUUUUAUGAACACAUACUUCCAAAUGAUGAGCUGCUGAAAAUUGCUUUUGAAGAACUUUAUAAAAAACUCUGUGCAGAUUAUGAAAAAUCGACCUCCGACAGAUUGACCCCUUUUUUUUUUCCCUACCUCCCCAUGGAUAUAAGCGAGCUGUACCUUCAGUACAAUAAAGUUCGUAAGUAUAGCCAGAAGACAAAAACUACAGAUCGGCCUUCUACUCGACAUGGCAAUACCAUGGAUCCUAGCUAUAGUAGCAGCUCUGGACAUAACAACCAGCCUACAUCUGCUGGCUCUAUGCAAAAAGGCAAUUCGUACUCAAAUGAAAAUAUCGGGGCGGAGGGUGCCACUGCGCAGGGUGUCACUGCGCAGGGCGGCAACAACAGCAGGUCUAACAGCCUCACAGAUGCAAACACCCCCAAAGGAGGGAAAAACUCUAAAGGGAUAAGCGUUUUAAACACGCUCAACACUUCUGACUCAUCCCGGAACAGUGUCUGCAAAAUUUUUGAAGAGGGGAAGCCUGAGAAUGUGCAAGAUCGUGUAGUGCACUAUCUCUUAAAUUACAAAAGUGUCGACAUAAAAAAAAAAAAUGAACAAAUUGCAGAUCUUCAUAAUAAGGAACCGAUUGAGUUUUUCAUAUUUGAUAUGAUUCACAACAAAUCCAGUGUUUGUGAAAACUUCGUAAAAAAUUACAUCGACAGGGAAAUACAACUCAGAAGCGAAAUGGCCAAUUCAAAAUAUUUGUCUCACACAAAUUCGUAUGACUAUCUCUUUCUUCAAGAUGACAACUACUUCCUCCUAUUAGGUCGACUUUUUUUUAUUAAUAACCCAAAAUUUUUAUUGUUAUCCUCCCUGAUUAGUCUAAAUGCCUGGAGCUAUGUGGAUACGCUACUUGAACAUAUGGCUAGCUACCAAUGCAACCCCUUCCUAAACUACUAUGUGAGUUUGUCCAUGUCACGACUCAUCGGACACUGCAUAACGUCAUUCGAGAGGACAUAUAUGUUUAGUGAAGCUUCUCAACAGACACACACUGCACAUGGAUCGAGUCAAAAAUUGAGGCAAAUGCCAUGCAUGCCCAAGACGAACAAGUUAAAUGGAGGGGAAGCUACCUUCAAUCGGGAUGACCUACCCCACAACGAUAGUGCUACCAUGCAAAGUGAAGAAAUGGAUGGACCGUGUUUCUUUUGCAAAAUUCAUGUCAACACCAAUAGGCUGUGCAGCUACCAGUGUAUCAAAGUGCUCAACCGAAAUAAGGCGCACUUACAAAAUUUGUUCAGGGAUGAAAAAAAAAUAAAAAAAAAAAAAAAAAAAAUGAAACAAAUUUUAAAAAACGUUAUUCAUAAUGGGAGAGAUGAGACUCGCGGAAGGAAUAUCAAAAGUGAUAAAACCGUUUGUGAUAGCCGCUAUGUAUACGGCAAAGCAAAUGGAACUUCGAAGAAGAAGAACAAUUUGAAUCAAUCCAAUCGUUCCUCGACCCUACUGCGCCCUCUGAGGAAGCAUCUCCUUCUCUGCGCGAACGCCCCGCCGUCUGAGGAUUCAUCAGAAGCGGACUCGAUCGAUUUUGCGCCAAAUGGGAAGAAAGAAGGAGGGGCGGAGGAAAACCACGCUGCCGUCCCCAAAGGGGAACACGCAUGUGUUAAGAUGGAACCGAUUAGUAAUGCAGACCCCGCUACCAACUUAGACAAUUUACUCAACUUCUUCUCACCCAAGCGACCCAACAACUACAUGAAGAAAAUAAAAAGCGUGGACGAUUUUUUCAAUCGAAUAUUGCAGUAUGUAAAGUACCUCGGCUACUUUGGGUAUAUGUACAAGUCCCUGGUCAGGAGACUGCUUCUCAUUGUGAAGACUUACGUGAGGAGGAAAGUGGCCAGAGGGGAAGAGCUGCAUAGUAACUUUGACAAACUGUUCAUUCGUUUUUUCUUCUUGUGCCCAAUAAAUGAGGACGACGAGGGAGGAGGAGCGGCAAAUGUCGGUAACAACGACGGAAAUGGUGCAGAUGGCUCCUCUCUAAAUGAAGACAUAUGGAAUGUGCUAAAACUCAUCCCAGUCUCAAGGCGCUACAAACUGUAUGCAAAAUUUUACACCAAGGUGGACAAGUAUCAGAAGGUCCUUUCCAAGCUAGCCGUCGCUGCACAGCAACAGACAGAGGCAAAGGAGGACUCCACCGGGGGAGACAGCACCUUACCCUGCCCCGUCUUGCCCAACGCUAAGGCUGCCAUUGUCCUCUCCAUUAUCAACUUCGAGUUAGCCAAAAACAAAUUAAGAAAAAUUAUCAAGCGAAUUACGUCGGAUAUACUCAAGGACAGGUACAGCACCAAAGUACAAAACAUUUUAAUGCAACUAACCAGGGUAAUAAAUAGAAACCCCUUCGUUUCAUCAGAUGUCAUUCUUAAACAAUGCGAGCUAUUUGAUAGUAAUAUGAUCAUCACUCUGUCUGAGUCCAUUAAAGACAUACAUAGCUUCUCCAGUGAUAUAUUUAUUUUUAAAAUAGUAGAAAGACAGCAGUUACUUAACGUCAGCAAUUAUCAAUUAAGCAAACAAUACAGUAUGAACAGUUCAGACUUAUUUGAUGACUCCCUUUUUAAACCAAAAAAGUUAAUAAACCUUUCUCUUGUAAGUGCUAAAUUUUUGUCUAAGCAUCCCUUUGCAGACUUCUACCCUCUUAUCAUUUCCAUCGUGAAGAGAUUAUUUUCUGAGCUUCACAUCUCAGAGCAACUCUUCCUCAGAAAUAGAAGAGAGGCGAAACAGGGCAGCAGCAUGGGGGAUAUAGCAAAUGCGGUAGAAGAAGAUGUGAAGCGUGAGACGGGUGCGGAAACGGAAGAAGAACCAUCCCAUGAAAGGGAAACAAAUAUACACACACAGUAUAAUGAAGAAUUCAAGCUGACCAUUCUAAAUGCUAUGAAUGUUAAAUACCCAGAUGUUAUGAGUGGGUACAUAUUUGAUAUCGACUACCUACAAAAGCUAAUUGAAAUUUAUGGAGGCACAAGUGCAUCGAUGGAUGUACAAGAACUUAAUGAAGAUCAACUCAAUGCUCAAUGUGGACUCAAGUUACUUAAAAAAGAAAUCAUGAUACUCGAGGAAAAUUUCAAUUUUAAUAUGAACAAUGUAGAAUAUGAAAAUAUGGAAAAAGCUGAAAUGGAUGAUGAACGUUUACAAAAACACUGUAUUGAAAAUGCUACUAAAAAUCUCGCCAACCCUAAUGUCGUAUACCUCGUCUUAUGUACAUUGUCCAAAUUGAAAUACGAAUACCUAUUCGAUAGCAACACAAAUAAUUUAAGAAAUCUCUCCUCCCUAAUUGACAAAGUGGAUUCGGUUCUCCUUCAGUUUAUUAACUUCCUGCAGACCAAUACAGAACCCUACCUCUAUUUGACUUACAUCCCUAGCAUGACGCUCAUUUUUUCCUACUUUAACAUUUCGCAGUCGUUCCAUAUCAUUAGAUUUGCCUUCCCCUUCUUCGAUGACAAGGGGCCUGCCAAGAGGCACCGCAGCGCCUCUUCCCCCCUGGCGCGCGCAAAAGGGGGGGCCCAAAAUGGAACCGAAGCAGCGACUGAAAAGGAAGCGGCUAACCGAAGCGACGCGGUGAACCAAAACGACGCAACGAAGGAAAAGGAAGCGGCGAACCGAAGCGAUCCCACCUUCCACCACGCAAACGAGCAAACGUGGAAGCAAGCCAUCAUGCCUAUUGUCCAGAGGUACCUGACCAUAGAAAACCUAAACGGAAUUAACAUCGACUUCUAUUUGACCUACUGGAGACUCAGCAUAACCGACAUCCAUGUACCCCACAAGCAAUACCAAAAGGUCAUGGAAAAAUAUGACUCGUACAUAAAAAAGCUAGAAAAACAUCAUGAAGAAAAUAAAAAAAAUGAAGACUACAAAUGGAUUCACAAAAAAAUGAGGAAACUUCGUUCCAGAAGAGCAUCCAUUAACAAUGAGUACCAGUAUCACAUUGCACAUACAGAGAAAAUAAAAAAACAUUUAUCCCAUGUAGUAGACCAUUGGGUAAACCCACAAAAAAUUGACCUGACCACAUUUACCGCCUUUGUCAAAUGUCUUAUCGCACCCAGAAUAUUAAACAGCGAAAACGAUUCCCUCUUCUGCUCCAAAUUCAUACUCUUGCUAUUAGAGUUCAGAACUCCUCUCUUUAAUUUCUGCCUCCUAACAUACGUAUGCAUAAAAAUGCUCAUGCCAAUCAUAAAUGCCUGCACGGAGAAGGAAGCUCUGAACAUUGGGCUAUUCUUUAAUGAGUUGUUUUCCUACGUGUACCAGUUAUGUCAGGAUGCAAAACAUUUUAAACUCGUGUCGGAAGAGAACCCUUGCUUUAGCAGCACACUCAACUUCGAGUCCAAAGUUACAAUCGAGCACUCUUGCAUAAUUUCGAAAGUGGCCAAGUGGGAGAAGCUCCUCGUUUCUCUUCUCUUUGAAAAUAACAAUCAUCAGAAGUCAUGGAUUAACUCAAAAUCGGUUGUUAUAUUCCUCUUUCGUGUUGUUCAUUCCUUUCCUUACUCGAACAAAGUGAAGCAGUCCAUAAAGAAAUAUUUGCAGAACCUGCACUCCUUCGCUCAGAACUGUGGGUGGAAGGACAUCGCUAUCUCGGUCAACAGCUUGAAGACUAUCAUGGAGAGGAAUCGAAAAGCGGCUGAGAAGGAAAAGAAGGAGGAAUCUGAUGCGAAGCCACAGGAAAGCAAACCCAGCUCGUCCAAGCCAAGCGCGCCCGCGCCGAGCCCAGACGGAAACGUAACGAUGAACCCCUUCAACACGUCCAACCCAGUGCACAUGAACUCGAGCGCCACCUUCGUCCCCAUAACCAAGAAUAUGUACAACCCAAAUAUGUACCCCGUUUUGCAACACUCCAUGAGCAUGCCACCCAAGCCGUACAUGAAGGACAACCCAUUUAACAACAAGAUCCCGCCACCACAGGAUCCGAAUAACAUCAUGUCCAUGUCUUCAAUGAACCCAAACAACAUGAGCAUGAAUAAUGACAUGAACAAACGAAGAGAUAUAUUCGGCGGCAUGCACGGCAAUGCAAAUUCCUAUCCAUCCCCACAUCCCAGCGCUUUAGUUCAUAUGAAUGACAAAAAUAUGAUGAACAAAAAUAUGAGAAUGGACAGUCGUCCCAUGCAUAAUGAAGGUAUGAAUUAUAACCCGCCGCAGAACUUUAUGGGUAUGCAUCACUACAUACCUCCACCCAUGCACGAUAUGCCCCCAAACCAGAUGUUCCCAAAUGUGCAUCAUGGUCAUAUGAAAACGAACAGAAAUGCGAACAACUUCUCGCGAAGAUAG